UUUCAGUGACCAUGAAUCAGAAAAGAGCGAGAAUCAAGUAGCAGAUCAUGGACAGGAUCGAGAAUCUAGACAGACUACGUACUGUCAGUCAGUUGGAGGUCAAUAAGUUCUGUGACUUUAUUGGCGAGGUCUGUUAUUACAAAUUAGACUCUGGAAACAGGGCUACGUUGGUGAUGACGGAUUAUACGGAACAUGAUAGCUUACCUAUUGUAGAGGGCGAGGGACGAGUGGGUGGUAAAGCAACUAUACUUGUCACGCUAUGGGACGAGCAUUGCGAAGAAGCUCAGCGACUAAAUGUUGGAGCGGGCAUGUUUUUGCUUCUUAAAAAUCUUUGCUGUAAGCUCAAUAAGAGUCAGUAUAUUGAGCUUAACAUGAACGGUUUCCGCGGAAAAGGCUACCAGCGUUCUCAGCCCGUUCAGAUUUUGGAUCCAAAGGACGCUCUUGUCAGAGAUCUACGCUUACGGAAGUCUCGUUACUUGCAUGGUCUAGGAACAGACACACCGGGAACCAUCUAUGCUCAAAUCGCAGCCCGUUCAAUGCGAGCAUCCUCUAUCGUCGCUACCGCUACCCCCGCACCAAUUGUAUCGUCGUCCUCAAGCAGGACCAGGGAUAUAUCCCCAGGACCAUUGCCAGAAACAACGACUGUAUCUACCUCCAAAACAGUUCAAGAACCUCAAGAUCUCACCCAUAUUUUAAAAAAAGAGACCGAGUCGCUUGUAAAAGUUACUCCAGUUUUACGACCUUCAACCUCCCCUUCUCGUCCAUCUACCCGUCAUAAUCCUUCAUCUUCAAGAGCGUUGUUGCUUACGGGACUAUUGACUUCACGCAUGGAGCUAGAAUGCAGGAACGAUGCUAGUGAUGACAUUCAAUAUCUUAGAUUACAUGCUUGCGUGGUGGGAUUCGAACCGGAGCAUAUUAUGGAUUUCUCAUUUGCAAGCUGCAGUAACUGCGGGUAUAGAUAUGGGCCUCUCUCGGAUGACAAGCCGCCCAACAAAUGUCCGUCCUGCCGCUCUGGCAGUGGCGGAGUCAUUUUCAAAUACUCAUUCAUGCUCAAACUUAUGGAUGAAUUCCAACAGACAUUUAAUGUUUAUGUUGAUAACGAAUCUGCUAUAACGCUUGUUGGCGCUGACGCUGCUAACUACAUUAAGAAAAGUGAACGACUUGCUGAACUUAAACAAAAACUCGCGCGGAUUGGUGUUAUGGAUGGAGGUGCGUUUGGCGGUAGAACAAAGUCUUCCUUGGAGUCCCCUAUUUACUUUGAUAUGUACAUAAAAUUGGUCAAAGUAGCAUCACAGUCAACAACCAUAUCACUAUCCUCAUCGCUACCGAUAAAACGAUCAAUUAGUCAGGAAUAUGCACCGAAUACACAGUGUAAUAGUGAGUUUGGGGACGGCGACUUCCCCUUGGAAUGUUUGGAUUAUUCCACACAACCGUCACAACUGCUGUCUCAGUCUCAGAAACGUCGAACAGACGGCAGCGACAUGGUUGAGAACAGUAAAAGGCCCUGUAGUAAUAGUAACAGAGCGACAGGCAAUAAUCAUUCUAGAACUCAAGGCUCUGUGUUGCAAAGGGUUAAUGAAAAGGCACUGGCUGAUUUCGAAGCAUUUCUCGUCCAUACUAUGAUUAAGUAGCCUUUUUUUUCUUUUGUAAAAGAAAUAUUUACAUCACGAAAAUUAUGAAUAAAAAGCAAUGGGCUGUAUGGUG